GAGCUGUGAGGAGCUGACAGGGACACAGGGACAGAAGGAGAGAGGUAGCAUAAGAGAGAGUUACACAGGACAUAGGGGAGAAAAUUAGUAGAAGAGGUAGAGAAUCAGGGAGAGGGGAAGCAGGCUGAUUAGAAAGGCAUAAGGCAAGUGUAAUAAGAGAGAGGGAAAGAGAGGGGAAGAGAGAAUUCAAAAUUAACUUGGAGAGUAAAAGUAAGAACAGACAUAGUGACAGAACGAAACGUGGGAAGCAAAGAAAAAAGAGAGGGGGGGAUAAGAAAAAAGAUGCACAUAGUUUUUGCAUGAGCCAGCAACCUUAACCAAGGUUGUCACACUAAGAGACUGUCAGCCAGAGCCAAGGACACAAGCAGUUGCAGUUUGGGAAGAGUACUUGGCAACUGGCUCACCACUGGAGUCCUGAGGCUACUAUCAAGGACAAAACCCUGACUCUGUAAGCGUGCCAAAGGGAAUAGAGUGUCUCCCAGCAUCUCCAAGGAAAAGAAGUCCCUGGAUUGUGCAAGGGUCUAGUGAACUACCAGGGGUGUCCAAGAACCCAAACCUCUGGACUGUGCCAGGUAGAGUACCUACACUUUCAGGCACAAUGAAGGAGACAGAGCAAAGACCCUUACUUGGCAUUGCCGUCCUUUACUGGCUAGCCAUUCUCCCUUCCUUAGUGGAUGGCAAAGGCUUAUAUUACCCACCACCAGCCGCAGGAAGAUUCAUUCACAACCUGUAUACCUCCGGCUCCCAGCCUCAGCACUAUGGCAAGCCUAUUGGGAAACACAGGAAUUUCUGCGUGUAUGUUGUAGAGAAGAAUGUGACCUGCACACAGCAGGAUGGAACGGAACCAUAUAUCAAGGCCGAGUAUCUCAAAUGUACCUGGGGACCCAAAUGUCGAGGGACCGUUGUGUAUAGGACGCUCUACAGGCCCAAGUACAAGAUUGGGUACAAGGUGGUAACUGAACUAGAGUGGCGUUGCUGCCCUGGAAACACUGGAGAUUCAUGCCAAGAUGGAUCCAUCCCUCAGUCUGGUUUCCUGCCUCCCUACCAAGGACCUAAAGCUGGCCCAGCACACAAACCUUUUCUUCCACCCAAGAGCCCUCCAACAUACAAUAAUUUGCAGCCAGAGGGUCUUCCCGGUGCCCCCAUUCCACCAAGCAAAAACGGCUUUGGUCGAAAGAUGACUUCUGUAUUUGGAGAACGUAUGGACCGCAUAGAGGAAGAGGUCCGACGCCUCUCUCAGUCCUAUGAAAGUUUGCAGGGAGUGGUCUCCGGUUUGGGAGAUUCUCUACGCCUUUCUAUCCAAGAGGAUACAAACAAGAUGAUUGGUACCCUUAUCAACAGUGCUAGUUCUGCCUCACAGUCCUCUGUGGGAUUUGGAGUGAUCCCUGAUGCACUUGCUGAAGCACCCCACAUACCCGGAGACAUCUCAGGAAAGGUAGCUGAAGUAUCUGAUAUUUUGCGCACCAAGACUGAGCUGCUGGAUGAGGUCAAUGGAAUGGUGAUGGGACAUGAAGCUCAACUAAAGCACCUGCUGGAAGCAGCAAAGCCAUCUCCUCUCACCUCCACUGAACUACUGGAUCAGUAUUUAGAGGGUAAAUUAGCUGAGUCCAGAGCACAACUGCUGGAAGGACUUGAGACACGUCUACAGAUCCUCCAGGGGGCGUGCGAUGUUAAGGUGCAAACAGUGAAGAAAGAAUGCAUAGAUGGGGAGCAGGCUGCAUCCUAUAGGAUUCAGCAGGAAAUGGAUGGAAGGGAAGUGGAGAUGAGAAAGGAGAUGUCCGCUCUGAAUUCCAAAGUGAUUGGGUUUAGCGCCCCUGAAGGAUGUUGUGGACAAGUUGAGAGUCUUAUCAAACGUGUAGAAGAAUUAGAACGUGGCUUGCGACAGCUCACUGAAGAGCACCAUAGCCUGAGCCAAAAAUUGGAUGUGGAGAUUGCACGAAUUAUGGUAGAACCUCAAGUUAAUAUGAGAUUAGAUGAUGUUGAAAGCAGACUGAACCUUACAGAGGAAGGCAUUAGGAGGUGCUGCCAAGAAGGAGGGGAGAAUGGUAAUUUCCUGGCUGAACUGGAUGGAGUAAAAGCCGCUGUAGAUGACAAGAUGAGAGUUUUGGAGGAGAGGCUGCUUACUGCAGUAGGAGAGCUGGGCAAUGCCACAAUUCCACUGGAUGGGGCUGUGAUGCCAUUGCUUGACGCUCAGAUCUCUGACUUGCGUAGGGAGGGUAUGGAGGGCAUGUCAGGAAUUCAGAGUCGGUUGACUGCUGUAGAGGAACUGUGUGCUGCUGGAUGCUCUGUGCCCGGUGGCGAGUCCAUCACUGACAUCCACAAUGAACUUUUGCAAUGCCGUGAACAAGGUCAAGACCUUCGCACCCAACUGAACCACCUAAACAACACUAUUCUGGGUAUUCAAAGGCAUCUUGAAAUUCAGAAGGAAGAGGCUAUGCAAGGAGAAAUCACUCUCCUACAGGUAAACCUGCGGAGUGUUGGAAGGUCCUUACACGGCCUAGAGGAGACAGUAACUAAGUAUGCAGAUGCUGUUGUCCAGGUAAACACCACAGCAGAGGAACGGGGAAGCCGUCUAAAUGAAGAGUUAGUUACUGUGCAAGGCCAGGUAGAAGGGCAAGGUUCACAGAUCCGAACAAGUCGAACACAACUUAUGGGUCUGCGUGGGGAUAUGGAGAGGAUUAAGGCUCGCCUUGCAGGGCAGAUGGGAACCUGCCAGGUCAUUGCUCGUGAUCUAAAGGGAGAGGUGUCUCAAGUUGAGCACAGGUUAAAGGAAGUGGAGAGCUCUUGCCAUGGGCAAGAAACAAGCCUCUUAAACUUCCUGGACCGUAUUAACAGUACCCUGGCCUCCCAUGAGCAUGAUUUGGCUUCCCUCAGAAAGGGACAAAACUCAGUCAACCAGCAGGCACCAAGCCUGGCACUGCCACCUACCACUGCUGCCACACCAGGGAAAAAGUAGCUGGAAAGAACCAGGUGGAUGUAACAUUCUUGAGUGCCUCAGAAAGAACUAUGGGGUUAUGCAUUGAUGGGCACCAGUGGGGAACUGCACACAGGAGGGAACAUUAAACAGAAAACAUACAUUGAUACUGUGGUUAGAAAUAUCAGACUGAGUGGACAGACAGACCUGCUGCGUGGGAGAAAGAAGAGGUUCUAAGUGCUGUUUGGUGCUAGGGCAUUAUACAUCUGUAUAAAGGGGUAUUUCUCAGCUGUGCCUUUAUCUAUAGACUCUCACAUUGCGGUUCUCUGCCCCCUUAUUUAUCUAAAAGUAAACUUUAAUGCACGGUGCCUUGUUAGAACACUGUGCUGUAAUGAGCUUGUUUUUCUUGGGGAGCACAAUGCAAAAGGAAACUCAGAUAUAAUAACACGUCUGGGGGAAACAAAAGAGUGACGCCGGGAUUGUGCCAGGACUGGCAUGCUGAAGGCUUGCAGAUAAUAGAUCACUAUCAGCCCAUUCUGCACAUUCCCAUAGUCUGUAAUUCUUUAUAUCAUAAAGACCAUGAAUGCCAAACCCAUAGUUCUACAGCUGUUGCUAAGAUAGAACUCCCAGCACCCUCAGCAACGUAUGGGUAGCUUCAGGUCCGGCUAAUAAAUAGCAUUCAUCUGUAUUUCAUAUCUUUCUGUGUAACACAGGUGCCCCCUGCUGGAAUAUGUGAUAAAACAGACAGUUGUGUGCCUGGAGCGGCAGUUGGAUUAAUUAUUUAAUAGGCCAAAGGGUAACCACCCCUACUGCCUCCUGAUCACCUGAGCUGGGCCAAACAAAUCCUUUUAUUAGCCCUUUUCUCUUUAUGUAUUUGGAUUGUGCAAGAUCUGAAACAAUGGAGGCAUUUUAUUAAUGUAAUGUUCUUUAAACCCUCAGGAACAUAAGACUAUACAGUAUGCAUAAGUGACCUGCAUUAUUAAGAAUAGCCUUUGUUUAUUCAAAGUGAGCAGCAUCCCCACUUUUAAAUUAGAUUUUACUGUGGACACAGGAUAAUUAAUUAGUGAGCAGCAUCCCCACUUUUAAAUUAAAUUUUACUGCGGACACAGGGUAAUUAAUUAAUGAGCAGCAUCCCCACUUUUAAAUUAGAUUUUACUGUCGAUGCAGGAUAAUUAAUAGGAAAAUCCUAUUUCAUCAACAACAUUGACAUUCCAAGUUUUCAGGAACCCAUAUCAAUAUGAGUACUUGUGUGGAUAUCAUGUAAUAAAGCCCAUUUACCUAUAAGUUAAACUGCUCAAGUUUCCAACCGCAGCCAAUCAGGUGUGGCUGCCAGUACCUCCUGAUUGGUUGAUUGCUAUGAGUUACUGCCCAGGAACAAAUUUGCCCUGUUUUAGUAACUGGGCCCCAUUGUCUGUUGAAUGUACUAGAUUUAAUAUCUAGUAUAGGUAAAAAAAAAAUCUUCAUAGUCGCACUAGAUUUAAGUAACAAUUUUAUCUUGAGAGACUAUAACAUACCUUUAAAGGAAAACUAUAACCCCUGAACAAUUUAGGUCUCAAUAAAUAAAAUAUUGCAUAAUCCAGCUCAUAUGUAAAACCCAGCUUAAUCUAAAUAAAUAAUUCCAUACUAAUAUACCUUUUUACUUAUGUGUGCCAUUGGGCAAUCCUAAAAAAAACUGCCAUUAUAAGUACUAAGGGCUGCCCUCUGAGACCAUACUAUACACAGUGCACACAAGGUCACAUGAGCUAAUUAUUGAAUAAAAUUCAGUAUUUUACACCCACACUUCUUUCUGUUACCGUUAGAGCUGCAUAAUUUCUGAUCAGGUGAUCUCUGACGGAGCACACAGACCAACACAAAAUGCUGGCUCAAGGAAAAAGAGCAUUAUUUAGUGAAAUAUAUAUUCCAGUUUGGUAAAAUUGUUUAAUUGGUCACUUAGUAUGAUAUAAUAUGAUAUAAUCUGUUAGUUAAGUAUUUAUUCAGGGGGGUAUAAUUUUCCUUUAAGUGAAGCAUUUACACAACUGAUUUCUUGCAGGCAGAAAAACAGGUUACAGUGUUUUCUAUGGAGAAAGCCAAAUGGACUGCAAGUAGAUGCAUAUCACUCUUUGUACACAGAGAGUCUGAUAUUAAACCAGAAAGGUCACUUAAUAAAUGCAGAAGAUCUGAGCAGGUCACUAGAGAUAUCAGGUAAUGGGCUUCACUUGGUUAUCUGUAAAAGACCCAAAGCCAGGAAUCAAUGUACAAAUCCAACAUUGAAUUCUUAGCAUCACUUUUUAACUGCAGUCCUUCAGUCUUCCUCAGUUGGCGCAUGCUGGAAGUUGCAGUUCAACAACUGCACGAAAGUCACUCCACUAGAGCACCCAAGGCACAAUCCCUUAUAACGAAGCCUGGGUUCUCUCAGCCCUAUACAUUAGGCUUUCCCUUUGUCAAAUGCAUCCCUGACCCAAAGAUGAACCGAGUGAAUGCUUGAUGGCAUCUAAUUUGCACAAUAAUGAAUGGUUGUUACCAAAGCUCAGUUCUCUCUACAAAAAGCCAGUUAUGUAAAUAUAGAGUUGAAUACUGAAUACUGCUUCCAGCAGUUACUGUAGGACGAUGCUAGGACUUAUAGAUCAGCAAUAGGUGGGAAGUCACAAUUUGUAGGCGUGCAACUGCUGGCUCAAUACCAAAGGAUUGAGUGGGUUGGCCUGAUGCCCUGGCAUCUACAUUGGGUUAGGCUGAGAUCACAGUAACUUUUAUCUGUGCUCCACAGUUGGUCUUCCUGUUCCUUAGUGUUGUGAAAGGCCGUACCCCUCUGAUAUAAUCUCUGAUAUUACAAUAGAUGAUAGGGAGAUUCCCCAAGCUGUACAUUACUACUACCUUUGGCAUAGUAUCCAACAGAUUGACAUGCUGGACAAAUGAGUGGAUACUAUACACUUGCAUGGCAACCUUAUCACUGGGGUUGCGGCUGACCCCAGCAGGAAAUGUCUGUAAGGGCCGAUAAUCCUCUAUCCACCAACACUGCAGAAUUAUCAGUCCCACGACAAGCCAUACAUGCCCAGAUGAACAGUCAGCAUGGUCAAAAGCGGCCAAACCUGAGCAUAUAACCCACCUUUAGGCAAAGUGUUUUCCAUUAUAUUACAGCAGGAAGCAAUGACAGACAUUGAAGGGUGUUUGGACUUCCACAGUUCUCCUUUAAGAGCCCUGCAGUGGUCAAAAUACCACAUGUGCCAUAGGUACUUUUAUGGCGUCGUUUUUAUUUCUAAAUUACACUGUUUACACUGCAAAUAAUUCACUCUACCAUGUAAAAUUUAAUUCUUGAACCAUCUCAGGUCAUUUUGCCUGGUCAUGUGCUUUCAGAAAGAGCCAGCACUUUAGGAUGGAACUGCUUUCUGGCAGGCUGUUGCUUCUCCUACUCAAUGUAACUGAAUGUGUCGCAGUGGGACCUGGAUUUUACUAUUGAGUGUUGUUCUUAGAUCUACCAGGCAGCUGUUAUCUUGUGUUAGGGAGUUAUCUGGUUACACUUC